AGCGGUCUGCGUGCAAGAAUAGAGUCGCCGCUGUUAUUGUUGCUGCCAUCCAGGGGGAGGGGGCUGUGCUGGGUGACCGCAGGGAUCAUUGUGGGCAGUGCUAUCGCCGAGUGGUACGGGGUGUGUGAAGCGGGGACGGAUGGAGAUCGAUGUCGGUGCUGAUGCUCGGCUCUAUGUUGCUGCAUGAGAGCAAAUGGUUAUGAGCCUUCGCGUUUCUGAGCUGCAAGUACUUCUAGGAUACGCCGGACGCAACAAACACGGUCGCAAACACGAACUCUUGACCAAAGCCCUGCACUUGUUAAAAGCAGGUUGCAGUCCAGCUGUACAAAUGAAAAUCAAGGAAUUGUACCGACGGAGGUUUCCCUUGAAAAUUCUCACACCUGCAGACUUCUCUCUACCUAGUGUGCACUCCAGCACCAUGCCAGCAAACCUCUCCCCAUCCUCCAUUCCUCAGCUUACAUAUGACAGCCACCCCUCCGCCUCCCCAUUGCUUCCAGUCUCCCUUCUUGGGCCCAAACAUGAACUGGAUCUCCCACACCUCACAUCUAACCUCCAUCCUGUCCAUCCAGACAUCAAACUGCAGAAACUACCCUUCUAUGACCUUCUGGAUGAACUCAUAAAACCCACAAGUUUAGCGUCUGAUAACAGCCAGCGAUUUCAAGAAACAUGCUUUGCGUUUGCAUUAACACCACAACAAGUCCAGCAAAUCAGCAGCUCAAUGGAUAUCUCUGGAACAAAAUGUGACUUCACAGUACAAGUGCAGCUCAGGUUCUGCCUUUCUGAGACCAGCUGCCCUCAAGAAGACCAUUUUCCACCAAACCUGUGUGUUAAAGUAAAUGGAAAACCCUGCAACCUGCCAGGUUAUCUCCCACCAACCAAAAAUGGGGUCGAACCAAAGCGACCAAGCCGACCAAUCAAUAUUACCUCACUUGUACGUCUGUCUACUACAGUUCCUAACACAAUCGUGGUGUCGUGGACAUCAGAAAUUGGACGUAAUUUUUCACUGGCUGUUUACCUGGUUAAGCAGUUGUCGUCCGCUAUCUUACUGCAAAGGCUACGAGGGAAAGGGAUUCGCAACCCAGACCAUUCCAGAGCGCUCAUUAAAGAAAAACUCACAGCUGAUCCAGACAGUGAAAUUGCUACAACAAGUUUACGGGUUUCGCUCCUGUGUCCGCUGGGAAAGAUGCGUCUGACAAUCCCUUGCCGAGCACUUACCUGCUCCCACCUGCAGUGCUUUGAUGCUACACUCUACAUCCAGAUGAAUGAGAAGAAACCCACAUGGGUGUGUCCUGUGUGUGACAAGAAGGCCCCAUAUGAACACCUAAUCAUUGAUGGUCUCUUCAUGGAGAUCCUAAAGUGCUGCACAGACUGUGAUGAGAUCCAGUUCAAAGAAGAUGGCUCUUGGUCACCGAUGCGGUCAAAGAAAGACGUGCAGGAAGUCCCGGCCUCGUAUAAUGGAGUGGACAGUGGGUGUAUCAGCAGCACAAUUGAGCACCAGGUUUCCUCUCACCACCAAUCUAGUAAAAGUAGGAAGGUAGAGGUGAUUGACCUGACGAUAGACAGCUCUUCAGAUGAGGAGGAGGAAGAGCCAUGUGCGAAGAGGAGCUGCCCAUCUAUAACGCCUGCCUCGCCGCUCAGCAACAAGGGCAUGCUGUCUCUCCAGCACCAGGCCUCUCCUAUAUCUCGGACACCAAGUUUGCCAGCUGUGGACUCCACAUACAUCAACACACCUCUAAUGCAGGACUACCGGCAUCCCUUCCAUAUGACACCCAUGCCAUAUGACCUGCAAGGGCUGGAUUUCUUUCCAUUUCUGUCUGGAGACAACCAGCAUUACAACACCUCCCUACUGGCGGCCGCAGCAGCUGCCGCCUCUGAGGAGCCAGAUCUGCUUCAUUCUUCACGUUUCUUCCCUUACACCACUUCUCAAAUCUUCCUGGACCAGCUAAGUGCAGGCGCAAGUGCCAGUCUCCCGGCAACUAAUGGAAGCAACAGCGGCAGUAACAGCAGUUUAGUCUCCUCGAACAGCCUCCGUGAGAGCCACAGUGCAGCUAGCCGAGGGCCAGCAGACAGCUCUUCUCUUUACGGCAUAAUCCCAGAUGUUAUUUCUUUGGACUGAACCACAGAUGAGCACACUUGGGUUUUGAACCCCACCUGUUGUCUGAUUCCUCUAUUUUAUUCUAUUUUUUUUUCUUUUUUAAAGGAAAUGUUUAACAAAAGACAAAGACAUGUACAGAGAACAGAACUAUAUUUUCAGUUUUACUUUUGUAUAUAAACCGAAAACUUUACUCCUCCCCUUCCCCAACAGAAACUGAGACAUGGACCCACAUUGUCCCCUGUAUUUUCCUUUUCGUUUCCAACGGAAUCCUGGAGACUGACUCUUGUUCUGGAGACCUCCUGCCCCACAAAUGGGUUCCACCCCUCUUUAGAUCAGACGCAGUAUUGGUUUGAUUGUCCUUGUACUGGCUGGGUGCUUACAUCAAUCUUUCUCAAACAUUCUUCAUUCCUGAACCUAAGCUGGAGUGAUUACUUGUUUAGUUUCAUUUCUGCACUUUUACCAUGUAUUUAUUGGAUUCUGUGGAAGUCUCGAGCAGUACAAAUGAGAAUCCUAACAUGGCCCUUCUUCGCUGCAGUGUUGUAAGGGGCUUCAGAUGGGCUAAAUGCAUCAUAUUGGUGUUUACUGCCAAAUUUAUUAUUUCAUAACAAAGCACUUCUGUACCCAUCAGCACUGGAAGAUAUUCCUUGGUUACCAUUGGUUCUUGUCUAAUCUGAGAGAUCCAUGCAUAAAGAAAUUGGGAUUUUGAUGACAGAUCAAAUGCUCUUCCUUUGUAGGCUCAGCUACCCCUUGCUACGUGUAUUUCUAAAUGGUAUGUCACAGAGGCUUAGUAGUUCUGCACAGACAUUGGUAACUACUCUAAUACCACCAAUAGUUUAAUAGUGGUUGUCACUCUGCACGCUUGUGUAUUUGUUUUUUGUUACAGGUUGAUAGAUUCUUUAAUGCAGGGGUAUGCGAUCACUCACUGGCAAGAAAGGAAUGGUCUGUGGUGAUGCAGACAUCUGUUCCCCCAGCUAUCGCCCAAAAAAAUCAAGCAAAUUGUCCCUUUUCUGUAUUGUAUGAUGCCCAUAGUUGUCCUUGUUGUAAUGCAAACCACAUGGAGCCUGUGCAUUUAGUUAUACUGCCGUUUUUGUUUUGUUUUUUUUGUUUUUUUUAACGUUUGUCACAUAAAGGGGAUGACUGCACUAUGUGGAGUUUCAAAUAUUUGGUCUCCCCUGUUACUUUUCUGAGUAUGGUCUAAGAUUGCAGUUUUAAUUGGACAUUAAAUAUGACAAAUGCAGUGUUACCAAUAUUAUUGGUAGGCAGAUAUAUUUAAGUAGCUCAUUUUCGAUAUUGGCCAUUUGCUGAAGACGGGUACUAUGGGUUUGAAUUUCAUUCCGAGUGACGUGUGCGAACUACAACGUGUUCCUUUUCCCUCUGAUCCCCAUAAAGGGGGGGCAGAAAAAGCACUGUUGCUCUACCAUUAUUCCAAGUGGCAUGCGCAGCUGCUCAUCAUUCAGAAUGGUGUUGUCCCCCAGGUAGGAGGUUGAUGCUGUUCUCCUUUGGUGUAGUGCAGAAGCCGGUGUCCCUGCGCCUGGUUUGAGUUUCUUGUUUUAUUCCAUUUGGGUUCAACUACUGAGUUGUUUACCUUUUUGUUGGAUAACUGGAUCCAAUAUAUUCACUUCACAGGUAAGGUUUACUUCACAACACGGCCUGUCAGAAGUUUAAGGUCUAAACUUGCUCGGCAGUGACUUGGCUAGUGAUGCCACAGGAAGCAGAACGGCCAUGCUAUACACAGGUUUGUUUUAGAUCGCUUGUUCCUGCUAUGCUCCCACACACUUCUCUAUUUUACAGAGCUGCAGUGUAAAGCUAGAGUAAGACUUGCAUUUUAAAUUAGGCAUUUUAAGAAAAUUUGUAUAAUAUAUUUCUUUGGGGACUGUUAAUAAUCCCAGCAAAAGUAAAAUGUGCUUACAGGUGUGUCCAAUUACAUCUAGCUUCCUGGGUACGUUAAACAGCCCUUCCAGUCACGUCAUGUGGCAUGAUUCUGUAGCGCUGGACGCCUUUUUGUGCAGCUUUUUUCCAUUAAAAUGUGGUAUUUUUUUGUUUGCACUGCUAUGUGAAUAGGACACAGAAGCAGUCUAGACUGAUUAAAAUGAUAAGCGGCAUGCCUAAAGCCUGUGUGCAACCGUGGCACUAUCUUCAUAUGAAAUGGUAUGCUACAGUGUUUUCCCAGUAAGUACUGUAACGUAUUAUUUUGUCUGCAGAUACAGGCGCAGACGUGCACAGAAUAUAGGCAUGCCGCAUAUUUUAAUCAGCAUAAGCUGCUGGGCGUCCUAGUUGCAUAGUGAUGCGAAUAAGAUGCGUGGAGUUGCACAGAACCUGCAGCUCACUCAUGCCAGGCAUCUCCUGCUGCGUGGCAUAUAGAGGCAAGAUGUAUGAGGACGUAUCUGUAUGCCGCACUUUAGUAUUGCAACAUGUGGUUAUAUUGUCAAAUUGACCCUUACCCAGCAUUAUCUUAAAUUGGAAAAGAAUAAAAUUCAAACCAGUCAGAACUUUUCCGCACCUGCCCUCCAACUGUGUGGGAAAGCCAGAGGUAUGAAUAUUUUUCAUAAAAGGUAGCGUGGUUUAUUUUACAUUUUUUGUUUUCCAUUUCAGUGUUUUGGACAGAAAAGAAUGCUGUAAUUUUAACUUAUCUUUGCCAGGCGCCAUGAUACCAUGCCCUUCAACAAUCCGUUUUUAUUUUUUCCUAUCUCCCAGAUUAUUCGGAUUUGUAUCACUAUAGUCAAAAUGUAACAGCUCAUUACACUUUUGUUAUUGAAAAAAUAUUGGGUGAUAUUAAAUAGUUUUGCGCCCUGGAUCUCCCAUCUAAAGUUAUGGGGAAUUGCGGGGCGCAAUGUAAUUGUUUGGCGUUUUUUUUUUUUCACGCUCAACCAUAAAGGUCUGGUUUAGCCGCAUAAGGUGGUUAAACCCGACCAAAGUGCUGGGUGUGAUUGCGAAAAGUGCCUUUUGGCCACCCAAAGAGGACACCGGGGGGGGGGGGGGGGGCGCCGCCAUCUAGAGGCAGCCAGAGGACAACAUUUUUUCUUUAAUCACGCCCAUUAAUUUAUAGUGCAAGUGACUGCAAAGUUUAGGAUUCUACAUAUAUUUCUAUUAUAUGUGAAAUACACUUAGUAAAGAUGGUUACAGUUGCAUUAGAAGAAAAUGUUGGUUUUCCAUUCGCUGCAUUUUAGCCAAUAUAAACAUAAUUUAUUGCUUAUUGUGACAACAAUGAAUUUUAGUGUAAGGUAUUCGAGAGAAAAGCUUAGAGGGACAUGUGCUUGUCCUGGUAAGGUCUAAAAAAGUAAAGUUAUCACUUUAUUUCUGAGUUUGAAAUCUGCAAAGCUACGGGGCUUAAGCGGUCAUUGCCGCAGAGGGAUUUGCAGAAUCCCUUACCACAAAAGUGAGAUAUGUAGCCUAUAGGCUACUAGAGCUAAUGACAUCAAAAGAUGGAUCUUGUUGAAUCUGGCAAUAUCAUGUGCUGUUUUAAACAUAGAGGGACUAAAGCAGAUGUUGGCGACAUCUGAUGCAGUAUCCUAUUAAUACAUAAUGGGAGGGUACUUUUAAAAAAAUUAUUUAAUAAAUAGGUCCUUGUUUAUUUUUUAAUUAGAGUAUCACUUGUAAGACUAUCAUGGUGUGUCCUAGUGACCUUGACAGACAUGUCAAAAAAUUCAGGCUUCCUCUGCUUCCCUCUAGUGGCAGAUGGAAGGUUUUGCAGAACCAAAUAGUGAGGCAUUCACACCAUCAUAUUCCUGUGAUUUUUCUAAAACCCAAUACAGAUUAGAAGCUUUAAAUCCAUAUUACCAUGUGCAUAAUUUUGUUUUGUCCAUGGAUUGUUCACAAACGCAGGAAGUGUAGAGAUAAAACUGAGGCUCUGACCAUACUAACAUUCAGAUACGGAAAUGUUAUACAUUUCGGUUUAGCUACAGUCCUGAGUUUUGUCUUAUGUGACCUGCUAUUUAUUCGGCAUAAUUAAUUAAAACCCAGAGGUAAAUAAUAAUUAUUGAUUUCCAGCCAAAUGAAGAUCUUUGUUGGGAACAUUCAGUGCUUUGUAGCAGAUCUAGAAGGCAAUGUGCUGUUUGUGACUUUCUUUGUAAUGUUUAAGCAUCUUUUGCUAGCAUUAGGGAUCUCGUCCAGCUCAUCAAUACACUGAGGUGGUUUAAGCAGAAGAGUGGGCAGGAGAUGAUGUAUAUAACACCAGAACUUGUCGCUGGUUUCCAUGAACUGAACCUGUAACUCAUUGCCUUAAAAAUGUGUUCAUAUGGCAUGCCAGACCAGCUGAAAGGCUUUUAAACCUGUAUUAUAGGCCAAUGUCAGUUUGUAUAAAGUACCGAGUGAAAAUAUUUAUUACUUGCAUUGGAAAAAUUGUUUACCUAUUGAAUGUUAUCUGUUUCUGUAGAAGUCUUUAGAUGUAAUAAAAAAAGCAUUCUGUUGUC